AUGACUAGCUCUGAACAAGAGGCCAAAGAAGGCAAUGACGCAAAGAAUGCACUGUCGAACAACACGGAUGCCUCUGCUGGGGACGUUGAGGAGGCAAAUGGCAAUAACCUAAAGAGGGCCCUCGAAGGCCGGCACGUACAGAUGAUCGCUAUUGGUGGUGCAAUUGGUGCAGGUCUUUUUGUGGGCUCGGGUGAAGCACUUGCAAAUGGUGGCCCUGCUUCCGUCCUGAUAGGGUAUCUUGUUGUUGGAGUUCUACUGCUGUGCACAAUCAUGUCGCUCGGGGAACUAGCCAUCAUGUAUCCGAUUAAUGGAGCUUUUUACCAAUACAGCGCUAGGUUCAUAGAUCCUUGCUGGGGUUUUGCAGUCGGCUGGGCGUAUUCUCUCGGCUGGAUGGUCACUUUACCUUUUGAAAUCACUGCAGCCAGCUUAACGAUCGAGUACUGGAAUUCGAGUCUGAAUCCCGCAAUCUUCGUUAGUAUUUUCCUAAUAGUGCUGGUCAUAAUUCAAGUGUUUGGAGUACGCGGUUACGGCGAGGUGGAGUUCGUUCUUUCUAUAAUCAAGGUAAUAGCCUGUAUAGGGCUGAUUAUUCUGGGGAUCAUCAUCAAUACCGGUGGCGUCCCCGGCAGUCCGCAAGGAUAUAUUGGUGGACGGUAUUGGAGUGAUCCGGGUGCUUUUGCAAACGGAUUUAAAGGUUUCUGCGCGGUAUUCGUAAAUGCGGCAGUAGCUUUCAGUGGCACGGAACUGGUCGGUCUGGCCGCAGCAGAGACAAAGCAACCCCAGAAAUCCCUUCCCACGGCCACAAAGCAAGUCCUGUGGCGCGUGACAAUAUUCUACAUUGUGAAUCUCCUCAUUGUCGGUCUCAACGUUCCAUACAAUAGUCCCCAGUUGCUCGGUUCGGAUGACGCAGCCAGUUCUGCUGGAGUCAACACAAACGCCAGUCCUUUUGUCCUCGCGAUUCAGGAUGCUGGUAUCCACGUUCUGCCCUCAAUUAUCAACGCCGUUGUCUUAAUUGCUAGUCUGAGUGUGGCGAAUUCGUCUACAUUCGCCUCAACAAGAACCCUACAAGCGCUAGCAGCCGAUGGAGGUGCCCCAUCAUUUUUCGCCUAUAUUGACAAGGCCGGUCGACCACUAGCUCCAAUCGCUCUCCAGGUGCUCUUCGGCUUCCUGGCAUACCUCCAGUUUGCAUCAUCCGGACUUGAUGUAUUCAAUUGGCUACUUUCUAUUGCUGGCGUCUCAACCGUAAUGAUGAACCUGAGCAUCAACAUCGCCCACCUCCGGUUCCGUCUCGCCCUGAAGGCCCAGAAUCGGAGUACAGAUGAGAUUCCGUGGAAGUCCUCCAUGGGUAUAGUGGGAAGCUCCAUCGGUGCCUUUCUUUCUGCUAUAUCUCUUGUGGCAAUGUUCUAUUCCGCACUAUACGCACCUGGUGGAGACCCUCCUACUGCGUACAAUUUCUUCCAGCAAUAUCUCGCUGGAUUCUUGGGCCUCUUUCUGAUGAUUUUCUGGAAACUGUGGAAUCGGCAAUGGUGGGUUGGAGUCCCGCUCCGCCAGAUUGAUCUAGACUCUGGCAGACGGUACAUGGAAAUCGAACAGCUUACUCCAGGUGAAACCGGAGAAAGCCUUCCCUGGUGGAAGAGAGCAAAAGAGGCAAUAUGCUAA